AUGUGUGAUACAAAUGCGCGGAGGCUAGAGACUUGUGCCAUGUGUGAUGCAGACAGAAAAUUGUCGAAAGAGUGCGAUCUUCACGGAGGAUCAGAAUUGGCGAAGACGACGCUGGUCUACGACAUUCAGUACGUUCCCAAGGACGAUUCUUUCCGGACAUCGAAGAAAGCGUGCAAGCAGCUGUCCAGGUCUGUCCAAGGGAUCUUCGGGCCGUCCGACCCACUCCUGGGCGCCCACAUCCAGAGUAUCUGCGAAGCACUAGACGUCCCGCAUCUGGAGGCCAGAGUCGACUUCGAGCCGACGUUCAAGGAGUUCAGUAUAAACCUCUAUCCCUCGCAGGACCACUUGAACAAAGCCUUCAAGGAUCUCAUGUCCUUUUUAAACUGGACCAGGGUAGCCAUAAUCUACGAGGAAGAUUACGGUCUGUUCAAGCUGCAGGAUCUCGUGAAGUCACCACCCUCAGCGAGGACGGAGAUGUAUAUUCGCCAGGCGGGACCUGGCUCUUACAGACAGGUGCUUCGCGAAGUCAGACACAAGGAGAUCUACAAGCUGAUCGUUGACACGGAUCCUGCGCACAUGCAACAAUUUUUUCGAGCGAUCCUCCAGCUGCAAAUGAACGAUUACAGAUACCACUACAUGUUCACCACAUUCGACAUAGAAACGUUCGACCUGGAGGAUUUCAAGUACAACAGCGUGAACAUGACUGCGUUUCGUCUGGUGGACCUCGAGGAACCAAAGGUGGCCGAAGUUCUGCGGCAGAUGGAACGCUUCCAGCCGAUUGGCCAUGCGAUCCUCAACAAAACCGGAGUUAUCCAGGCAGAACCAGCUUUGGUGUACGACAGUGUGCAGGUUUUCGCGCACGGUCUAGCAGCGUUGGACCGCAGCCACGACCUGAGGCCCGCCAAUUUGUCGUGCGAGAAAGAGGAGCCCUGGGACGAUGGUCUGUCUCUUUACAACUACAUUAACGCCGUACGUUUACACGGCCUAACCGGACAUAUCGAGUUCAACGAAGGGAAGCGUAAUAACUUCAAGCUUGACCUGCUGAAGCUGAAGAAGGAGGAGCUCGUGAAGGUGGGCGAGUGGAAGCCCGGGUCGGGCGUAAACGUGACCGACGUCGGUGCUUUUUACGAGACCACCGCCACUAAUAUCACCUUGGUCGUUAUGACGAGAGAGGAGAAACCGUACGUCAUGGUAAAGGAAGACAAGAAUCUGACGGGGAACGCUAGGUUCGAAGGGUUCUGCAUCGAUUUGCUCAAGUGGAUCGCCGGCCAGGUGGGCUUCCAGUACGCCAUAAGACUGGUUCCCGACCAUAUGUACGGUGUUUACGACCCGAAAACCAAGGAGUGGAACGGCAUCGUUAGGGAGCUGAUGGAAAAGAGAGCGGAUCUGGCCGUUGCGUCUAUGACGAUCAAUUACGCUCGGGAGAGCGUGAUAGAUUUCACCAAGCCGUUCAUGAAUCUCGGUAUCGGAAUUCUGUUUAAGGUGCCCUCCAGUCAGCCAACGCGGUUGUUCUCCUUCAUGAACCCGCUGGCCGUCGAGAUCUGGCUGUACGUGCUGGCCGCGUACAUGCUGGUGAGCUUCACCCUCUUCGUUAUGGCUCGAUUCAGCCCGUACGAGUGGAACAAUCCACACCCGUGCCUGGCGGAGAGCGACAUCGUCGAGAACCAGUUUAGCGUCAGCAACAGCUUCUGGUUUAUCACUGGCACGUUCCUCAGGCAGGGCAGCGGGCUCAACCCCAAGGCUACCAGCACGAGGAUAGUAGGCGGAAUCUGGUGGUUCUUCACGCUCAUCAUCAUCUCAUCGUACACGGCGAACCUGGCCGCCUUCCUCACCGUCGAGAGGAUGAUCACGCCGAUCGAGAACGCGGCCGACCUCGCGGAGCAAACGCAGAUCUCCUACGGAACGUUAGAGGGUGGUAGCACGAUGACGUUUUUCAGAGACUCGAAGAUCGGGAUAUACAAGAAAAUGUGGGAAUUCAUGGAGACGAAAUCGCCGUCGGUGUUCGUGAAAAGUUACGAGGACGGGGUGAAAAGGGUGCUCGAGGGUGACUACGCUUUCCUGAUGGAGUCCACCAUGCUCGAUUACGCGGUACAACGGGAUUGCAAUCUCACGCAAAUCGGCGGUCUGCUGGACAGCAAAGGCUACGGGAUUGCCACUCCAAAAGGCUCGCCCUGGAGGGAUAAAAUAUCUCUGGCGAUUCUGGAACUGCAGGAGAAGGGCGUGAUACAGAUUUUGUACGAUAAGUGGUGGAAGAACACCGGCGACGUGUGCAACCGGGACGAGAAGAGCAAGGAGAGCAAGGCGAACGCGUUGGGAGUCGAAAAUAUCGGUGGUGUCUUUGUCGUGCUGGUUUGCGGGCUAGCUCUGGCGAUCCUCGUGGCUGUCCUCGAGUUCUGCUGGAACUCCAAGAAGAACGCCCAAUCGGACAGGUCCCUGUGCGCCGAGAUGGCCUCGGAAUUGCGGUUCGCCGUGCGGUGCGGCUCGCGGCAGAGACCAGCCGCGAAGGCGCGCAAUUCCGACGCCGCGGUGCCGUGCGACCGUUGCAGCCCGCGUGCCAGAAGGAGGAGAACGCGGUAUUGCUCGACCGGCCACGAAGAGACCACCUACAUUCCGAGCAUCGAGAUACCACGGUUAAAUGGUCAGCAGCAACAGCAACAACAGCCACCGCCACCGUGCAAAGCCACGCCCACGCACACACGUCACACUCACUGCCACUCACAUUCACACAGCCACAGUCACAGUCAUACGCACAAGCACCAACCACCCCCACCGAGGCAGAGACGGGGCUCUUCAAGCAUCGUCUUGGGUCAAGGAGGUGACCACCCUGAGAGUAUUCUCUGGAGAUUCGACUGCGACCUGGCGGGUGAGCCAGACGUGGUGAUAUCGCCACCACCACCGCCGCCACCACCCUCGGCGGCCGUAUCGAGGACCACAACCCUUUGACCAAUACUCGAAGAGGUGCCGACAGGUGUGCCCGUCCAAAAGGAGCU